GAAAGGCCGAGGAGCGGAGGUGAGCGUAGAGCGCCACUGAGUGUGGAACAACCCUGAGCUCUCGCAGCGAAACUGCCUCCCCGAAGAACUUUUAGAGAAAAAGGAGUAUAUUAGUUUUCAUUCGGCCUCGCCCUUUUCGCACAAAAAAGUGUAUCUAUCAUUUUACAAGUUACGAGUCUUAAAUAACCCGGAUUUUUCUACAUUUCUCGACCGCCAUGCUAAUUAGGAAGAUCCUAGGGGCACUAGCCCUGGUGACUGUGGCAUCCUCUACGCCUGUGCCCAUCGCAGGCACCACGACAGCUAUGAUGUAUUUAGCAAGAUUUGGUUACCUGGCCCCGACAGCGACCAACCCACAGUCAGGAGCUCUUUUGUCAGAGGAAACUGUCACAGAUGCUGUCAAGGAAUUCCAGGCCUUUGCUGGACUUAACCAAACGGGCGAAAUGGACGAAGAAACAGUGAAGAUGAUGAACACCCCAAGAUGCGGCGUCAAGGACAAGGUCGGAUACGGGUCGGACGCGCGCAAGAAGAGAUACGCGCUGCAAGGUUCCAGGUGGCGCGUGCGAGAUCUGAACUACAGGAUCACGAAGUACCCGCGCGGCCUCACCAAGGCUUCGGUCGACAGAGAGAUUGCCGCCGCUUUCAAGGUGUGGUCCGACGUGACCGAGCUGUCUUUCACGCCCGUCACCUCAGGCAAGGUGCACAUCGAGAUCCGCUUCGAGAAGGGCGAGCACGGCGACGGCGACCCCUUCGACGGUCCUGGGGGCACCCUCGCCCACGCCUACUUCCCGAUUUAUGGAGGAGACGCCCACUUCGAUGACACGGAGGCCUGGACUAUUGACUCUUAUAGAGGUACAAACAUGUUCCAAGUCGCCGCACACGAAUUUGGACACUCCCUCGGCUUGUCUCACUCCGACGUUCGUUCCUCCCUCAUGGCGCCCUUCUACCGCGGCUACGAGCCCAGCUUCGUGCUGGACCAGGACGAUCUGAACGGCAUCCAGGCUCUGUAUGGCAAGAAGACCACGAAGCCAACCCCGGCAACCCUUCGCCCGCCCACCAUCGGCGGAGGCAGCACGGACGACGGCGAAACCGGACAACCCAGCAGCGUGCUAUGCGGAGACCCGUCCAUCGACGCCGUCGUCACCAUGUCCGACCAGAACACAUACGUUUUCAAAGGUUCACGUUACUGGAGACUCACAGAGAAGGGCGUUGACAGCGGGUACCCGAAAUCUAUCUCUCAAGACUGGGACGGACUCCCUUCGAAUAUCGACGCUGCAUUUACCUGGACCAACGGCAAGACAUACUUCUUCAGGGGUGGCGAGUAUUGGCGGUUCUCGGACCUAAAGAUGGACGCUGACUACCCCAAGCAGAUCAGCAAGGGCUUCUCUGGUAUUCCUGAUGACAUUGACGCAGCUUUCGUUUGGUCUGGAAACGGAAAGAUCUAUUUCUUCAAGGGUUCAAAAUACUGGCGCUUUGACCCCACCCAGCGACCCCCGGUGAAGGAGAGUUACCCCAAGCCCAUUUCCAACUGGGAAGGUCUGCCCAACUCUAUCGAUGACGCCCUUCAGUAUUCCAACGGCUACACGUACUUCUUCAAGAACGGUAACUACUGGCGAUUCAACGACCGGCGAUUCAAAGUCGACUCUGCAGACCCCGCCUUCCCGCGCCCUGCUGGCUACUGGUGGUUUGGCUGCCCUGCCUCCGGGUCUCAGAUGGACGCCACUCAGACCGGGACUACAGACCCCUUGGCCGAUGAAGCCCAUGAUGACACUUUCGACGCUGACGGCUCAGAAGACUAUAUAGACAGCAACAAUUGGCUGACUCCACGUGUCGCGGGCUCGAGGAGCGUUGGCUACAGGCUAAGCGGAGCCCCCUUCGAACACCCUGGCGGUCUCAGCUGCCCUCACUUUCUCUCUUGUCUUUGUCCUUCAGUCCUUCUGCUGGAUGUAAUCGGAGUGGUUAUUGGCUACUGUGAAGUGUCGUCCAAAAGACAGUUGUUGUUGUUCUUUUUUCAAUCUUCUUCUCUGAAGUAGUGAUCUAGGAUGAAAAUGCAAUAAUUAUGAUUUUUGUUUUAGAAAACAUUUUUUUUGUAAAUACAUACAUACACACACACACACAUCCAGGAUGAGUAUUAGGUUAUGGAUUAUGAGAAUCUCUAAUGAUCUCGUGCUCAUCAACUCUUAAUGUCUUAAAAUCAAUACCAAUCUCAUAAUGUUAUUGAAACCCAUUUUACCUAUAUUGUUACAUGUCCUGUAAGGCUGAUUACUUAGCAUCCUGACAUACAUUACAUAUAUAUGAGCUAUAUUUGCAUGUAAUACUAAUAUGAGCGACAUGAUAUAGUGCAGUUGGGGCUCUGACAUGUCCUCACUAAAUGGAUCUGUUUGGAGAAAAGAUAUGAACUAUUGCUGUUAACAUAUUAAAGACUUCACAAUAUUACACUUUCCUUGGAAUUUUCUUCUUUUUUAAUUUGUAAAAUUCAAUAUCAAACCUAGAAUAUUUUUCCUAAUAUAAAUGUUAUUUAUCACUACACAUGCAAAUAUUCAACGAAGUACCUUAAAUCUGUUAUGUGAAAUAAUCAUAGACUCGCAUUUAGUCACAUCAUAUUCACUAGAUACAUUUCACAGACAAAAUACUUUGGUGGUCAGUUCAUUCUGUUGGUCAUAAUAUGACUGUAUUAUGAAUUGCAGUAUAAUUUAAGUUUCUGUGAGUUUCGUAUGCGUUUUCACCUGUUGUGAAUUGAAGGUAAAAGAACAGGUUUUUAAUUUGUAGUUUAUAAGAUCCAAAAAAGGCAUUAUGUUUGUUGUGCUAAGACUUUCUAUUGCUAGUAGUCUUAGGAGUAUCAAUCAUGUUUUAGAAUUCUGGUGUAAAUAUUUGUACAAAGCUGAGAGAGUGAUAUUCUUCAGUGUGAAUUAAAUAUAUGUGAUUAACACA